GCAGGAAGAAGAUGAGCCUUAAGUCUGAACGCCGAGGAAUUCAUGUGGAUCAGUCAGAGCUCCUGUGCAAGAAAGGAUGUGGUUACUACGGCAACCCUGCUUGGCAGGGUUUCUGUUCCAAAUGCUGGAGGGAGGAGUACCACAAAGCCAGGCAGAAGCAGAUUCAGGAGGAUUGGGAACUGGCGGAGCGACUACAGCGAGAGGAGGAAGAGGCCUUUGCCAGCAGUCAGAGCAGCCAAGGGGCCCAGUCCCUCACAUUUUCCAAGUUUGAAGAAAAGAAAACCAAUGAGAAGACCCGGAAGGUCACCACCGUGAAGAGGUUCUUCAGUGCUUCCUCCAGGGUUGGAUCAAAGAAGGCAGAAAUUCAGGAAGCAAAAGCUCCCAGUCCUUCCAUAAACCGGCAGACCAGCAUUGAAACGGAUAGAGUGUCUAAAGAGUUCAUAGAAUUUCUCAAGACCUUCCACAAGACAGGCCAAGAAGUCUAUAAGCAAACCAAGCUGUUUUUGGAAGCAAUGCAUUACAAAAGGGAUUUAAGCAUUGAAGAACAAUCAGAAUGUACUCAGGAUUUUUACCAGAAUGUGGCUGAAAGGAUGCAGACUCGUGGAAAAGUGCCUCCAGAGAAAGUUGAGAAAAUAAUGGAUCAUAUUGAGAAAUAUAUCAUGACUCGCCUCUAUAAGCAUGUGUUCUGUCCAGAAACUACUGAUGACGAGAAGAAAGAUCUCACUAUUCAAAAGAGGAUCAGAGCCCUGCACUGGGUUACACCUCAGAUGCUUUGUGUCCCUGUUAAUGAAGAAAUUCCAGAAGUGUCUGAUAUGGUGGUGAAAGCGAUUACAGACAUUAUCGAGAUGGAUUCAAAGCGCGUGCCCAGGGACAAGCUGGCCUGCGUCACCAGGUGCAGCAAGCACGUCUUCAGCGCCAUCAAGGUCACCAAAAAUGAGCCAGCCUCAGCCGACGACUUCUUACCCACUCUCAUCUACAUCGUCCUGAAGGGCAACCCCCCACGCCUGCAGUCUAACAUCCAGUAUGUCACUCGCUUCUGUAACCCCAGCCGGCUGAUGACUGGAGAGGAUGGCUACUAUUUCACCAACCUGUGCUGUGCCGUGGCUUUCAUUGAGAAGUUAGACGCUCAGUCUUUGAAUUUAAGUCAGGAAGAUUUUGAUCGAUACAUGUCUGGCCAGACUUCUCCCAGGAAGCAAGAAUCUGAGAAUUGGUCUCCUGAUGCUUGUUUAGGUGUUAGGCAGAUGUAUAAGAACUUGGAUCUCCUGUCUCAAUUGAAUGAGCGACAGGAAAGGAUUAUGAGUGAAGCCAAGAAACUUGAAAAAGACCUAAUUGAUUGGACGGAUGGAAUUGCAAAAGAGGUUCAAGACAUUGUUGAGAAAUGUCCACUUGAAAUUAAGCCCCCAAAUCAGUCUUUAGCAGCUAUUGACUCUGAAAAUGUUGAAAAUGAUAAACUUCCUCCACCAUUGCAACCUCAGGUUUAUGCAGGAUGAGAAAAAUGUAUAUGGAUAAUAUUUAUUUGAGCCUAAAUUGUAACUAGCUCUUACCACAGUCCACUCAUUGGAUCUAGAAUAUAACUUAAUUGCUUAUAAAUGUCAGCAUUUUUAAAGGUACAGUUUGUGGGGAUUGUUUUUGUUUUGGUUUGGUUUGGUUUUUUCCUGGCAGGGGAAGCUUAAUAAAAUUGGGUUGUCGGAAAAGUCAUGACGUAUUUUUUCUAUGUUUUUCAUUGCAAAAAUGCGUCAUGACUUUUCCAACAAUCCAAUAAUAAAGCACUAUUUAUUUUAGUUACUGGAAUAGAUUCAUUUAAGGCAUGUGUGAAAAUUUUGUCUAAAUCUAUUUUUCUCCAUGAUUUUCCCAUGUGCUUCCUUUGUGGCAUUCAAGGUGGUUUGGAUUUGGGUAAAUAAUUGCCUCUUAGAGGAUAAACAAAUGAAUGCUACAAGAUGUAUGUUUAAAGGAAUUCAAUGGUACCACUAUUCUACAGUUUGAAAUAAUUUUAUAAUUGUAAAGAUAGAAGAUAUAUUGAUAAGUAUGUAAAAUUGUAAAUAUAUAAAAAAAGGAAUGGUGUGUGCUGUGCAUGGCCUUUCAUGUCUUUUUAGUUUAAAAUAGUGUGUUGAGUGUUGCCUUGAACCCCAUUUUAUUUGGUUUUCCCCACUAACAUGAAUCUAGAAGUAUUUAGACACACUCCCCUUAACAUAUGGACUCCAUCUUCAACAGUAUGGUAACCCUAACUGUGAGGUCCUGUGUAGUCAGAGACUAUGACGUCACUGAGGUUCAGGGUAAUUUGAAGUCCUAAAAGCCACUGUGCAGUAUAGUCAGUUGAAGACUUUGAACAUGCUUCUCGUCCGUCUUUAUUCACUUGGCAGAUAUUUAUUGAGCUCUUGGAUGUAAAUAAAGGAGAGCUUGCUCUGGGUCACAGGACAGAGGAGAAGGGGCUCUGCUGCUGAGAGCUGAUCGGGAACCUCAGAGCUAUGCGGUGCAGGGCUCCUUUGCCUCUAGAGUGUACGUUUUGCGUUGUGGACAACCCAGACACAUGCCAUGUGAACCUGCCAGGGUUUCUCAGCCUCAGCACUGCUGACAUUUGGGGCUGAGGGCUUUCUGGUGAGAGGCUGUCCUGUGCACUGUUGGAUGCUAGCAGCACCCCUGCCUCUGGACCCACUAGAUGCCAGGAGCACUCCCCAUGGUUGUAAAGAAUCGUCUUCAGACAUUGCCAGAUGUUUCCAGGGUGGGGGGCAAAAUCGCCCCCAGUUAAGAACCACCAAUCUAUUCUGUAAGCAGGGGAGUUGUCCUGGUGGUUAAUAUGAUGUAACCAAAGAACAUUGCAGUAAGUGCUCAGGAUAAUGUUAGCUGACAUCUCAUUCAGUGAAGCCUUGCAGCCACGGUCAGUGUGGGCCCUUUUCUAACCAAGAUAUGCAUCUGUGGUCCUCCUCCCCUCAGUGACCCCUGCAGGUUAUCAGUGUACCUGUGAACUUGUGACUCAUCCCCAGGGCACCGUUCUUGAACAAGUUCACACAAGCAGUAAAAAAGGUUUUUUUGCUUUCCUAAUAUCUUGUUAAUAAUGUACCACAAAUUUGUAGUGCAGUAAUUUUGGAAUAAAACUAGGGUAAGUAUAAAACUUUAUAUUUUACUUAAAUUUACAUAUAAACUAUGAAGCUGACACAUCCAUUGUCAUAAGCACUGAAGACAUGAAGCAUUUCACUGAGUCAGCUGAUCACCAAGCUCGUGUGGAGUGGAAUUGAAUACCAGUAAGAAUUUACUUUUAGAAGCCUGGGCCCAAAUGAUUUUCACAGAAAGCUCCCCCCAACCUGCUUUCUUUUCUAUGUACUUUCUAGGUGCUAAUCCAGGCAUAUAUACUCUUAAUUCUCCUGGAACUAUAUAGUUCUUUUAGUCAUUGUACAUUAUGUUUGUUAAAUAAAAUAUGCAUAUCAGCCUCCCGCUAAA